AUGCACGUCCCCGCCCCGCCCUGCCCCGCCCGCGCAGGCCGCGCCGCCACGGCCGCGCUGCACGCCAAGGCCGGCGGGCCCCCGCAGAUCCCGGACACCCGCCGGGAGCUCGCCGAGCUGGUGAAGCGCAAGCAGGAGCUGGCGGAGACGCUGGCAAACCUGGAGCGGCAGAUCUACGCCUUCGAGGGCAGCUACCUGGAGGACACGCAGAUGUACGGGAACAUCAUCCGCGGCUGGGAUCGGUACCUCACCAACCAGAAGAACUCCAACAGCAAAAACGACCGCAGGAACCGCAAGUUCAAGGAGGCCGAGAGGCUGUUCAGCAAGUCCUCGGUCACCUCGGCAGCGGCUGUCAGUGCUUUAGCUGGAGUCCAGGACCAGCUCAUUGAAAAGCGGGAGCCAGGCAGUGGCACAGAGAGUGACACUUCUCCAGACUUCCACAACCAGGAGAACGAGCCCAGCCAGGAGGAUGCUGAAGAGCUGGAUGGCUCCGUGCAGGGGGUGAAGCCCCAGAAAGCUGCGUCCUCCACGUCCUCCGGGAGCCACCACAGCAGCCACAAAAAGCGGAAGAACAAAAACAGACACAGCCCGUCUGGCAUGUUUGAUUAUGACUUUGAGAUUGAUCUCAAGUUAAACAAAAAGCCAAGAGCCGACUACUAGAGCCAUGAGUGCUGAUGCUCCUAGGAUUUUGGUCUGUGACUCCCCACUGAGAAGCCCUGAAGCAGGAUGGCAACUGCAGCUGGAGUGACUCACUCUAAGGGACUUGGAUGGGGGGAGGAAAUGCUGGACCAUGUACUUUGCAUCAUUUUUAAAUCACCUGCGUUGCUGGAAGACUAAGGUGGUGUAGGUAGUAGUAGUAGUCCUGAAUUCCUGACUGUUCUGUGUUUCCACCUUGGUCAGGAACUUGCUGAAAUGGCUGAUGCUGCUGCCCCCCUGCCACCUGCAGACCCACAGAGAGGCAUUUCCUUUGCCACUGGAACUGGGGUAGAAUUCAGUGUGUCCCAUCCAUGUUGUGAGACUCAGAUUACUUUUGUUGCUGAUACUUAGCUUUGUAGGUUUAGGUUUGGUUUUGGAUUUUUGUUGGUUUUAUUGUGGUUUUUUUAAAGCCAAAGUGUAUAGUUAAAAGUUGACUUUGGGUUUCUUUGUUUAAUCCGUGUAGUGGAAGGUUCUUCAUUUUGUGGAGCAGCUUGUUUGAUUCGUACUCAAGCAGAGAAGGUGGUUUAACCCUUUUCUCUUUCAUUUUAAACACCAUCUCCCAAGAUUCCACAGUGCUUUAGGUGCAGGAAGGGUCAGAGCUUAGAGCCAACUUGCUCUUUGCUGUCACUGACUUUGGGUGGAUUCUCUUUUUACUACAAACUUCUGUCAUUUGUACAUAAACAAUAAAAGUUCCAUGUUUGUCUCUUC